AUGGGGAUCUGCACUUCGAAGCAGCCGGAGAGGCCCAACCCCUACGCUGCCAGGGACGAGAAUGAGCUGGCCCAUUCCUCACAGGACCCUGCCAAAUCCGCCCCAACUCCCCUCAACCUCAAAUCUCAGUCACCAUUCUUCCCCUUCUACAGCCCCAGCCCCAGCCCCGCCAACCCCUACCUGAUCAAGUCCCCUGCCACCACAGCAUCCACCCCGCGCCGCCUCUUCAAGCGGCCCUUCCCCCCGCCGUCCCCCGCGAAGCACAUCAGGGCCGUCCUCGCGCGUCGGCAGGGGAAGAAGAAGGCCGCCGCGAUCCCGGAGGACGAGGAGGAGGUGGCCGCCGAGCUCGACAAGAGGUUCGGGUUCUCCAAGGAGUUCACGAGCAGGCUCGAGCUCGGGGAGGAGGUCGGGAGGGGGCAUUUCGGGUUUACUUGCUCGGCCCGGUUCAAGAAGGGGGAGUUCAAGGGCCAGCAGGUGGCUGUUAAGGUCAUCCCCAAAUCAAAGAUGACUACAGCUAUUGCAAUUGAGGACGUGAGGAGGGAGGUGAAAAUAUUGCGAGCCUUGACAGGACAUAGUAAUUUAGUAAAGUUUUACGAUGCAUUUGAAGAUAAUGACAACGUUUAUAUAGUAAUGGAGCUGUGUGAAGGUGGGGAGCUCCUGGACAGAAUUCUUUCCAGGGGCGGGAAAUACUCCGAGGAUGAUGCUAAAGCUGUUAUGGUGCAAAUACUAAAUGUAGUCGCAUUUUGUCACCUACAGGGUGUUGUUCAUAGAGAUCUGAAACCAGAGAACUUCCUUUAUACUUCUAAAGAUGAGAACUCUCAAUUAAAGGCGAUCGACUUUGGGUUAUCUGAUUUUGUGAGACCAGAUGAAAAACUUAACGAUAUUGUCGGAAGUGCAUACUACGUGGCUCCAGAAGUCCUACAUAGAUCCUAUACCACAGAAGCUGAUGUGUGGAGCGUCGGUGUAAUUGCUUAUAUUCUCCUAUGUGGUAGUCGUCCCUUUUGGGCUCGUACAGAAUCAGGAAUCUUUCGGGCAGUCUUGAAAGCUGAACCGAGUUUUGAUGAACCACCAUGGCCAUCAUUAUCUUUGGAGGCAAAAGAUUUUGUUAAACGUCUGUUAAAUAAGGAUCCUAGGAAACGGAUGACUGCUUGUCAGGCUCUCAGUCAUCCUUGGCUUCGGAAUUACAAUGGCAUAAAAAUCCCCCUCGAUAUAUUGAUCUUUAAAAUGAUGAAGGCUUAUAUGAGAUCCUCACCUUUGAGGAAAGCUGCUCUGAAGGCAUUAGCUAAGACAUUGACAGUUGACGAACAAUUUUACCUGAGGGAACAGUUUGCUCUGCUGGAGCCGAAUAAGAGCGGCUGCAUUACUUUGGAGAAUAUUAGAAUGGCCCUGAUGAAAAAUGCCACUGAUGCCAUGAAGGAGUCCCGUAUAUCUGAUUUUCUUGCCUCGUUAAAUGCGCUUCAGUACAGAAGAAUGGAUUUUGAAGAAUUCUGUGCUGCCGCAUUAAGCGUCCAUCAGAUGGAGGCACUCGAUCGCUGGGAACAGCAUGCUCGCUGUGCUUAUGAGAUGUUUGAGAAAGAUGGAAAUAGAGCUAUCAUGAUUGAUGAACUCGCCUCUGAACUUGGCCUUGGCCCUUCUGUUCCAGUUCACGCAGUUCUCCAUGACUGGAUCAGGCACACGGACGGGAAGCUAAGCUUCCUUGGUUUCAUCAAACUGCUGCGUGGGGUAUCAAGCAGAACUAUUCCGAAGCCACAGUGAAGAAUUAUAGCCAUAAAUUGCAAAACUCGAAGUUCAUAGAUCUUCCUCCGUGGCUCUUGGCCCCUUGGAAGAAAGUAAUUGUGGUCAUGCGGUUUGCAAAGCCUUCAGAAGGUUGAUUUGAGGAAAAGGCAGGCACAGCUUAUUUCCAGGUAAGCAGAUUGGCUUGUCCUUCGCUCAUUAUUCCGCACUUCCGGAGGGAGAAGAUUGAAAGCAAGUGUUCGAUUCAUUCAUAUGUAAGGAAGGAGAUAUGGUUAGCAUUUACAGUGCAAAGUGUUUUUUUUUUUGGUUAGUUUGGCUCCAAAAGGGUUUAUAAGAUUUAUGUACUUGAAAAGACACUUAUGUUGUUGAUGCAAUAUAGAUUUCCAAUCUCGGUUUGAAUAUUAACUCU